AUGUUCAAUUUCUCAAGCUUUGUGCAAAAGGCCCAAUCAUUCAUUGACCCAACUCAAGCCCUCAACAUUUCUGCUUCUGAUCGCAACCCUGCCAAAUCCACCCUCUUCCGCAAUCAAUUCCGAUUACCAGAUUCCCAGACCCCUCUACAAGAAAUCACAGCCGAACUUACCAUAGCCUCACCGAACCAAUACUCACCGAAUACUACACAAGGAGAGAAGGAUAGGGAUAGGGAUAGAGGCUUUCAUUAUGCUGGAAAGUUGCACUUGAGUGAAGCAUACUUGUGCUUCUCAACACAGCCUACAAGCUUCCUCCAAACUGCAAGUACGGGCACAUCUUCUGGAUUCAAUGGACAAACACAUGGAGCCGGACCUGGAGGAAAUGGCUUUACUUUGCCCUUAUGUGCCAUAAGACGAGUAGAGCGACUUCAUAGUCAAUCAUACCAGUUUGCCUUGGCUAUCACAACCUGGAAUGGAAUUACAAAUGCACCGGCAAAAGAUGGCUCGAAACAGCCCGUAUAUCAACAAAAGAUUACGAUCAAUCUCGCCGGAACGCGCCAAGCUUGCGAAAGGUUCUGUGAUGGCUUAAAGAAAGGGUUGAAAUCGGGAGUGGGAGAUGUCGCGAAGAUGAAACGUGUUGUGGCAGAGUGUUAUUCAGAGUAUCUGCUGCAAGGUGAUAAAACAGGAGAAAUUCCCGAUGCAGGGCUUGGAAUGUUGUUUAGGUAUCCCGGUGAUCUUCGGAAACUACGAGACAAAAGCAAGAUGAGACUUUGGGGGGAGUAUCUUCGAGAUAAUGGGAGGAAUGUUACAUUGAUACGCCAACCAACGUUUCAUAAGCUGAUUCGAGUCGGUUUACCUAAUCGACUGCGAGGGGAAAUCUGGGAGCAAACCUCUGGAUCGUUAUAUCUGCGCUUGGAAAACCCAGCACUAUACACAGACACCCUAGCGAAAUUUGAAGGACGAGAUUCUCUUGCGAUUGAUGAAAUUGAGAAGGAUCUCAAUCGAAGUCUACCGGAAUAUCCUGGGUUUCAGAGCGUGGAAGGGAUCGACCGAUUGAGGCGAGUUCUUACAGCAUAUAGUUGGACCAAUGAAGAAGUCGGAUAUUGUCAGGCUAUGAAUAUAGUUGUCGCGGCACUCCUUAUUUACAUGUCUGAAGCUCAAGCUUACUUCUUGCUAUCCGCGAUUUGCGACAGAUUACUUCCCGGAUACUACUCGCAAACGAUGUAUGGCACUCUGCUAGACCAGCGCGUAUUUGAGUCUUUAGUAGAAAAGACUAUGCCAAUAUUAUGGGAUCAUUUGGUCAAAUCGGACGUUCAACUUUCCGUCGUUUCCCUCCCCUGGUUUUUAUCAUUGUAUAUUAACUCCAUGCCUCUCGUGUUUGCAUUCCGUGUUUUAGAUGUUUUCUUUUUAGAAGGUCCUAAGGUCCUCUUUCAGGUUGGCCUGGCUAUACUACGCAUAAACGGAGAAGAACUAUUAGACGCCUCUGAUGACGGAGCCUUUAUUUCUGUUCUGAAAGGUUAUUUCUCCAAACUCGACGAAUCUGCACAUCCAAAAUCAGAGAACGCAAAAUUACGAGCAGUCACACGAUUCCAAGAAUUGAUGGUUGUUGCUUUCAAAGAAUUUUCCGGAAUCACACAAAACACCAUUGCAGAGCAACGCAUGAAUCAUAAAGACGCUGUUCUGAACAGUAUUGAAAGUUUUGCGAAACGAACUUCGAUACGAAAUCUAGGCCCGGAUAGCAAGAAGUUGAGCGUUGACGAACUGGGUGCUUUGUAUGAUAGGUUUUAUGGUGUGCUUUACGAGAGACAGCAGAGAAGUCAGAUGAUACAAGAAGAAAAGGAUCGAAGAGCAAAGGCCAGCAGAGCCAGCGUUAUGGCUGGUUUGGGAGAGAAUCAAAAUAUCGAGAAAGGCAGAGUGGGGCUCGGUCCGAGUCCUACCCUAAUGGACUAUGAUUGCUUCCGAGAAUUUCUUGCUGGAGUAACUAGAUGGGCCGUCAAAGAUUCACCGUCGCCCCUAGAAAAGGAGCCCGAGAAGGAGAAACAUUCCUACUUUGGCAGUUCGUUGCGUCGUAGAGAUGUUUCACUUUCCCCAUGGGGCUUUGGGAACCCCGAACCGGCUGAUCACGAAUUUAUGCAACGGCUAUUCCGAAGGUGGGAUGUGGAUAUGAAUUCCGCUUUGACUCUACAGAAUGUCGUGACAGGAUUAGCCCACAUCAAGGGCAAGGUUGAUAUUAUGGGAAGCAUCACGUACUUCUUCGAGCUGUAUGAUGAUGAUGGAGAUGGAAAGGUGGAUAGGGAGGGUAUCCUACGUAUAUCAGAAGCUUUGUUGUUUCUUUCUCGAAGAGGUCUGGAAGGAUCUUUAACACCUUCGCCAUCUGUGGUUGGGCUGAGCGAAUAUGAGGCCGGUAAUCCUGCACAGUUCAGUAGUCCGCAUACAACGACACAAGAACGAUUUUUGAAUAGCGUGAGCGCUUUUAUUAGGCGAUGUUUCGAGUAUGCGGAUCCAGAUCACCCACAAAAUGUCGAGGACGAAGAGGAAAAGGAUGAAAGCGUGGAAAAUAUGGAGGGGAACGCAGAAGAUGCCUUAAAUGAUACAGAUGGCCUUGUUGACCCCAACACAUUUGCUGUAGGUGAUUCGGAUGAUGACGACGACGAAGAAGAGGAAGAAGAUCUCUUAGAUCUUGGCACCGACACAAAGAAAUUCAAAAACAAAAACGAAACUGGUCUCCCAAUCAUUCCCCCACCAUCCAACAAACCCAGCAACCUCACUAUUCCCUCUCGCAGCGUCUCCAAGGCACAAUCAGAACGUGCCAACGCCGCCCUUGAUCCCUCCAAACCCCUCCACAUAACACUCCCUACUUUCCGUAUGGUCGUCCUCGCAGACGAACUCCUAGAACAAUUCUUCGAAUCUUCAUUCCCAGCUUCUUUCCGCAUCUCAGACAAGAUGGUCUUAAAUUCAAACGCUACAAAUUCUUCCUCUUCCUUGACUACCUUCACCAGUAUGGGAUUCGGCAAAUCAACCGUGACUGCUGCAGCAAAUGUUGUGAGUGGUCCUAGUUCUGCCGGGGUGGUACCACCUGGAAAGGGAUUGAGGGGCGUGUUGGAUAAUAUUGUAACGGAUGGAAUGAGAGUGGCUGCCGAAGUUCGUAGGAGAAUGGAUGAGGCGCAGAAGGAAAUGGAGAGGAAUGCGGUGCAUAGACCUGGUGUACAGGAUGAGGACGAAGAGGAAGAGGAUGAUGGAGUACGAGUUUCAGGUGGUUAUGGUGGGGAUGCGGAGAGAAGGAGUGUCAGGAGUGAGGAUCGAGAUUUAUUGGAAGGAGCGGAUGCAGAGGCGGGUAGCAUCAGGAGUGGUAUUGAGAAGAUUGAAGGUGUGGAACUUCCGAGCAAGAAUGGUAGUCUGAUGCCAGGUGUUUCCGGGGAUUCGAGGAGGGAAAGAAGUUCUAGUUCAGCAACGCAGAAAGUGGUGGAGUUUGAGCGGUGA